CUGACGCUGAGUGACGCAACUGCAACCUCUUUCCCCUCAACCACACCACCUCACACGAAUUCAGCAGUAUAUGAGCAGAUGAGCAUUUCUAUCUGGGCCCAAUCUUAUUCAGCUUGGUAUCGUUCGAGGAGGCAACAGGCUGGAACUGCAGGUGCUAAUGCGAUGACCACUGCUUACGCUGGAAACCCUGGAACUCUUCGUGGAUUAAGUGUACAAAGCGAGGGUAACCCACAACCGAAGGAUGGGGUCAAAGAUAAAAAGAUUCCUGAUUCACUCUUUGGUCCCAAUAUCGGCGUCAUUAGUGGAGGUCCCUCUUGGACUGUAGCAACGGAGAAAAAGGUCCUCAAGGAUGAACUUACAAUGGAUAUUGUCAAGACUUGGAUUGAGAAGAGCAAGGAGCCAUCGCAACCAACAACAACUUUACAAGCUCUCGUUAAUCUGAAACGACCAACUCUUCGUCUCUCCCCGCUAGCCCUAGAUCUUGAACAUCCUGAUGAAUCUCAUUCUCAACAUGCCCUGGAGUUCGAAUACGACUGCGAUGCACCAAAAUGCGGUAUAUAUGUCCACGUUCUCGUUCCACCUAGGCACCCUGAAGCACUCAGCAUGUCUUCCGACAAUAUCGAGCCCUCUGUAGACUCAGCAUCCAACAUCCCUUCAAAACCUCGCCACUCGAAGGUUUUGGUAUUUGAAUCUGUAGUUGAGGGUGGUUUUGGUAGGGCGCUCAACUUGGAGGAAGGUGCCGUUCUUGAACUCGGAAGGUUCGAAAUGCACAAGGCACCUGCAGUAGAUACUGCAGGUAAGCAGAAGGGCCAGGACAUGUCUGAGCAGGCUGGCUUCGGGGGUAAUGUUCUUGAGGCCGGUCGGCAACAUAAUCGCAGACGAAUCACACAUCUCUUCCGUCGUAGGAGAAACGGCGUGUCGGUAUCUGGACCUGCGUUGGCGGUUGUUGAUGCUUCGUCGCCCCCUGUGGGUAAUGAUGGCACCAACAACGAAGACAGUAAUAUUGCAAAGGAAAAGAAGAAGGAUGAUGCAGAUCAAGGGGUUAAGGUGACAAUCCGUCUUGUAGCGUUAGAUGAACAAGGCACAGAGCUGGCCAGUCCCAACGAGCAAGUUACAUAUCUCUGUGUUGAGAGGUUCGGCACCCGCCUCGCAACUGAGAAGAAAACCAAAUCCAAAACUGAGGCUUCGGAGAACUCGGAGCAGCAGGAAGGUCCGUCGUUAGGUGAAGGCAAAGAGAGGGAAGCAAGAAUUAAUGUAGAAGAUGAUUCGGUGGAAGAGGACACCAGACCUUGGGUCGUAAAGGUUGUCAAACGUGAAGCCACGAUUGGGCCUCAUGUUUUUCAACUACACGAAAUCUAUGGCCUUACUUCCUCUAGCUCGCAUGCUCCAGCCCCCACUGCACCGCUACCCACCCCUCCUCAUACCUAUCCGCCACAACAAUCUACCGUGCCAGUUGACACCAGUGACGAUAUAACUUCCGAAUGUCUGCUUUGUCUUUCAUCUCCACGUGAAGUCGUUUUACUACCUUGUAGGCACCUUGUGGCAUGUAAGGAGUGUGCCUUGAACAUGGUGGAGUUCGGUGCCGGAGGUGCUAUUACACAGGGAACCUCAGGAGAGGAAGCCCCGAAUGUUGACGGGACGUCCACCAACCAUGGGGUUACCGAAGGUACCACUGAAGGUGCUACAGCGGGUGGUAACGCCGAGAAUACGACCGGAGCAGGAACUACUACUGCUACUACCAACCCACGAAGGAAAAGGAAGGCCAAGGGGUGGUUCUGUCCAGUUUGUCGGCAACCGUACACUUCCCUCUUGAGGAUAACUACCAACCCUCCGCCUGUACCCACUUCCGCGAAGGAAGAGCGUUCAAGUCAUUCCCAAGAUGAAGAACAAGACAUCACUGACAACACGGAAACGAAUGGACCUGGUUUACCGCUCCCCGCCACUACUUCCACCACUCCCGGUGGGAGUGGUGCCGGUCUGCUCAGUCGCCCCAGUGAAUUUUUUAGAAGCUUGACCUCAAGGGGCGGUCAGAAUCCGAACGUCAAUGCAGCGUCUCAGAAUGCGGGCCGUAGAGAUCUUGAGAAUCAACUGUGAUAGGUGAGGCUAGCUACAUCUGUGUUUGAUUGGUUUCCAAGUGUGUAUGUGUAUCAUUAAGUCACUAUAUGCCCCUUGUCUUUGUGAGUCUUUGUCUCGAAUCUGUGUUUAAACAUAUGAAACCCACUAUCCUGUACUAGUUUACUUAUUUCGACUGAUUUUUGGACCACUUUAUCUAUGUCUCUCAAUCGAUGUUUUUAUGAGUUGUGUAA